CAUCACAAAACCAAAGCCUAAAAACCUAAACAGAUUUCUUCCAUGAUAGCUCCUCAGAUGCAGCCUCAUCGAUCUCCUCUUGUCUGUUUUUAAACCAUAAUUGGAUGUUAUCAUGUCCAUCUCUGCAGCAUCAAUCCUUUGAUGUUAUCCAUAUGAUCUUUAUUUAAUCAUGUUGGAUUCAGUAGAAAAAUGAGAUGAACACUACCCACUCCAUCAAGUUUUCGAAGAAUUAGUAGUUUUAUUUCAUACAUAAACAUUUUUUUGGGGUGGGGGGGUUCGAGAUCAAGAAGAAGAUGGUGACGUAUUUUCAUGGGGGUUCAGAAUUCCAAGCAGCUUCUGAUGCGAUGCAGACUCUGUAUCUCAUGAACCCCAGCUACGUACCGUACUCUGACACACAGCAUCCACCUCCUGCUGCUGCAGCCAACAUGCUCUUUCUAAACCCUGCCGGCAACGCGCUUAACCCGGUAAACCUACCUCACGCGCCUUCGUCCAACCACCACAUCCUUGGCCUUCCACUACCGACACCCACCGUCGCCAUCGGACCACCCAAUUCAGAAGGAAUGCUCCCCAGCGUCCACUACAACAUAUGGGGAUCAAACAUGGACCAUAACUCAUCAGGCCACCAACAGCAAAUUGUGUCGGCAGGCAGUUCUGGUGGGGCCCACGAUGUCUCGUCUCAUCUAGGACUUCGGCGUCCGGUGGUGUCACCGACGAGGCAGGGUCUGUCGCUGAGCCUGUCCUCCCAACAGGGACCUCACAGGAAUGUGGAGCCGGAGUUUCAAGGUCAGGGGCAGUCUCGUCAUUCGCCAUCGUCGGCUUCUGCGGUGUCCAGUGGGGUUUACGGGAUGCAAAGCAUGGUGUUGGGAUCAAAGUACUUGAGGGCUGCCCAAGAGCUUCUUGAUGAAGUUGUUAAUGUGGAGAAGGGGAUAAAGACUGACAUGGCGGAGGGGACCAAGGAGAAGAUAAAGAUGAACAAAGAAUCUGUGGUGGUGGCUGUGACGGUAGAGGGAUCCAGUGUUGUUGGCAGUGAAGAUGGCAGUAAGCGUCCGGUAGAACUAAACACCGCGCAGAAACAGGAACUGCAAACAAAGAAGGCAAAACUUGUUAAUAUGCUUGAUGAGGUGGAGCAAAGGUACAGACAGUACCACCACCAGAUGCAGGCUGUAGUGUCUACUUUCGAGCAGGCGACAGGAAUUGGUUCGGCAAAAUCGUACACUGCACUUGCUCUGCAGACAAUCUCGAAACAAUUCCGCAGUCUGAAAGAUGUAAUAUCUGCACAAAUUAAAGCUACAAGCAAGAGUCUUGGGGAAGAAGAUUGCUUGGGAGCAAAGGUUGAAGGUUCGAGAUUAAGAUACGUUGAUCAUCAGUUUCGGCAACAGAAGGCAUUGCAACAGCUAGGAAUGAUCCAGCAUAAUGUUUGGAGGCCGCAGAGAGGGUUGCCUGAAAGAGCUGUUUCUGUUCUUCGUGCUUGGCUUUUCGAACACUUCCUUCACCCUUAUCCCAAGGAUUCAGACAAACACAUGCUUGCUAAACAAACAGGCCUUACUAGGAGCCAGGUGUCUAACUGGUUUAUAAAUGCUCGAGUUCGCCUUUGGAAGCCAAUGGUUGAAGAAAUGUACAUGGAGGAAAUGAAGGAACAUGAGAAAAAUGGCAAUGAGGAGGGUUCAAGCAAAAAUGAACAUAAUGAGUCUGGUUCCAUGGAAGAGAGGGCUUCUCUUAAAAUGGAACAAACUAAAACCCAACCAAAACCCGAGAAUAAACCCCCCAACCCGAACACUAGCUGCCUGAUUGAUUUUUCCAACGCUUCAACAAUAUCCACUACAGGAAUGGGUGGAUCUUUUGAGCCACGAACUACUAGCUUCAAUCUGAUCGGAGCGCCGGACAUGGACAUGGAAGGAAUUGCUCACAGAAGUCCAAAGAAACCAAGGAGCACUGACAUGCAGAAUCCUCCUAGCAGCAUCCUCUCAAUGGACAUGGACAUGAAAUUACAAGGGGAUGAAAGACUAAUAACUAAUAACGCCAACCACGGUGCUGGGUUUGGUCCGUACCCGAUUGAAGACCAGAUGGGAAGGUUUAAUCCAGAGCAGCAGCUGGGGCUGCCCAGGUUUCAUGGCAAUGGCGUUUCUCUCACGCUCGGUCUCCCCCAUUUCUCUGGGAGCCAACAAAACUUCCUUUCCGACCACCACAACAUUCAGUUAGAAAGACGACUGGAGUUAGGGACGGGAGAGUCUGAUUUCUGUGGGAUAAACACGGCAUCGGCGUCUCAUUCCGGCGCAGGUUACCAGAAUAUUGAGAUGCAGAACAGGAAGAGGUUUGCAGCGCAGUUGUUGCCAGAUUUUGUGGCAUGAAGGACAUAAAAAUGCAUCCUAUUCCAAGCUAAGCAAGUGAAGUUCAGUAACGUCCUAUUUUUAUCCUGCUACCUCUUGCUUUUAGAUAACAAGAAGCAUGUAAAGAAAGUAGUUAUAGGUGUAUACUUAAGGAGAACAACUCUGCUACUGUUCUUUUACAUAAUGGUUAAGGUUGCUGUUCAAAAAAAAAUAAAACAUAAUGGUUAAGGUUUUGAGUUGGUAAGAUUUGAAGAAUGUAUAUGAUUAUAUUGAAACAUUUGGGUAUAAAAAAUUAUUUACCCU